AUGGAAUAUCCUACCCCUUGUAUUGCACUCUUGUUCAUCUACACCAUCUUCUUGACCACUCUCACUGCCUUCACUCAUGCCUGGUUGGAGAAACCAAUGGCAACUUCAGCCCUCUGCCUCCCAAGCCAGUGCUCUGCACUGCUUCGACUCAAGCAGGGCAUUCAUCUCCAGCCUGGAAAGCUGAUUUCAUGGCAGAAAGGGACCAAUUGCUGUCACUGGGAAGGGGUUACCUGUGAUAACUCCACCGGUUUUGUCAUCGAACUGCAGCUCUCCAAUGUAUCAGAUGGAUACGAUUAUGAUUUAAGCAGAAGCAACAGAAUCGAUCCUUCUCUGUUUGACCUCUCCCAUCUUCGCCUUCUCAAUCUUAGCAACAACAUGUUUGUUGCUGAGAUCCCAACAAGGUUGGUAGAGCUCACCCAUCUCACGCACCUCGACCUGUCCAACUGCCAGUUCUAUGGACAAAUCCCGGCAGAGAUAUCACAGAUGACAUGGUUGGUCUCACUUAAUCUCUCCAACAAUUAUGGUGGCCUACAACUCCGGGAUCCAAAUUUCUCAGUGUUUGUUAAGGAUUUAGGUCGUCUGCAACAGCUCAACCUUGAUAACGUAGACAUCUCCAUGAGUGGUAAGGCCGUGAGCUUGGCCCUAUCCACGUCACUGCCAAAACUCCAAACUAUCAGUUUGAUAGAAUGCAAUAUUUUUGGACCCAUAGAUGAAUUGCUUCUUCAUCUGCGUUCACUCUCUUACUUGGAUCUGAGCUCGAAUAGCCUUUCCCGUGCACCAGAGUUCCUCGUCAACCUUACCUCCUUGCAGGCUCUCAAGUUGGCAGACUGCAAUCUACAAGGCUACUUUCCUCCGGGUGUUUUCCUAUUGCCUGAGCUAGAGAAUCUCCAGAUCUACGACAACAUGGAGUUAAUGGUAUCUUUACCACUUCACGUCCAUUUGAGGAGCAGCAGCAUUAGGUUUCUUGACCUGUCUAACACAAUGGUGCCGAUGAGGAGCUUUUCGGCAAUCUCGAAACUCAGUCAUCUGUCACAUUUGCAGUUGGAAGAAAGCAAUCUGGUUGGAACCAUACCACCAUCUUGGAGUUCAAGUAAGAUCAUGGUCUUGAAUCUCCACGGUAAUAGUCUAAGUGGUCCUGUCCCUGACACUUUCAGUUCAUUUUCCAAUCUUACUCAUUUAGAUCUUAGUUCCAACUCUUUAAGUGGAAGAAUCCCCUCUGGUCUCUUCAACCUCCCCUUUCUAGAAGUAUUUGACCUUAGCCAAAACAACUUAAACGGUAGCAUUCCUCAAGUUAUUGCUCAUGAUCUCCAACAUUUAAGACAACUAGAUCUCAGUGCCAACCAACUGAUCGGGGAUAUCCCAUCUCCUUUUUUCAAUCUCACUUCGUUAGACUAUCUAAACCUCGCCAAUAAUCGCUUGAGUGGUCAAAUUCCUUCAAGUUUCAACAACCUCCCCUCUCUAAAAACAUUGUUUCUCCGUGACAACCUCCUAAAGGGAGGCAUCCCCACUUCUCUUUGCAAAUACUCUUUAGCGUCACUAGACCUCAGCAACAAUAACCUAAGUGGGAAGAUCCCUACUUCUCUAUUUACUAUCCCCUCUUUAGAGAGACUAAACCUUAGAAAUAACAGCUUCGACGGUCCACUUCCUGCAUUCGAUGGCCUCAAUAAGACUACGCAACUGAAAUUUCUUAUUCUUGGUAUGAACUCACUGAGUGGAAAAGUUCCAUCUUCCAUAACUAGUCUCUAUGAACUUAACAAAGUAGAGCUCUCCUCUAAUCAUUUUAGUGGCACCAUUGAUCUAUCAUUGUUCCUGAGUUUGGAAGGGCUCUUUUGGUUGGAUCUCUCCAAUAACCCAAGUUUGACUGUCUUGUCAUCCAAUUCUAGUUUUACAGAAGAAACCGACACUAAUAUUCCUCAGCUUGGUUAUUUAAGGUUGAGCUCCUGCAACGUCAAGGGUUUCCCUUCUUUCCUCCAAGAGCAAUAUCAGCUUAUUGAUCUGGACCUUUCUGAUAGUGACAUUAGUGGAGAGAUACCGUCUUGGUUAUGGACCAUGGGGAACCUCCAGCGCCUAUCUCUCUCCAACAACAAGCUCAGUGGGUUUCAAGAACCACUCAAUGGCACUAAAUCCAUGGGUUCCUUGCUCACGGACUUCUUGGAAAAGGUUCAAGAAAUUAGGGACGUGGACCUCUCUAAUAAUGAAAUAAGUGGGAAGAUACCAUUUUGGUUGUGGGGGUUUGGAAGCCUCGAAUUUUUGUCUCUGUCCCACAACAAACUUGAUGGGUUUCAGGAACCGAUCAACGUCACUCGCUUCAAGGGUACCUCAUUGCACUACUUCCCCAGUCAAGCCUCACCAAUCUACUACUUUUCAGUGUCAGACAAUACAAUCAGUGGACAAAUCCCGACAUUCAUCUGCAGGUACCACGAUCUACAGCUCCUGAACAUGUCCAUCAAUAGACUCUCAGGUGCCAUACCGAAAUGUCUUGGCAGGAUUGACAAAUUAAGUGUUUUGGACCUCCACAGUAAUCAAUUGCAAGGCAGAAUUCCAGAAGGAUUCAACAAUUUGGAGUUGCUCAACUUGAAUAACAAUUUUCUGGUUGGCAGAAUUCCAAAAUCUCUCAUAACUACAUGA